UCGACCACCUCUCUGUCCAUCUUCCUCUCCCACCAACGCCUCCUCUGAUUCCCCACGACCAACCACCUUCCUCUCCUACCCGGCGCUGCCCGCCUCCAACUACCUUCUGCACCGCGCCGGAGCCAGACAGCCACCGCCUCCAACCACGCCCCGCCCCGCCCCGAGCACCCCCUUCCCACCACCCCCUACCCCGGCCUCCCAAGGCCGCUCCGGCGAUGGUCCACCCUGCUGCCACCAGCAGAGGCCCUGGAUCCGCGCCGCCACGCCUCCAUUACCCUGGAUCUGCGCCGGAAGAGGGCCUGUCCGCCCCCAACCCCAAGGCGCUGCCCUCGCCCCACCCCGACCCUGGCCCGCGAUGGCCGGCCUCCACGGCCACUUCCCCACCCCGCGACGGCCGGCCUCGACGGCCACGGCCCCGUCCCCACGACGGCCGGUCUUCAUGGGCGGGGCUCCACAGCGUAGUCCACAACGCCCCCGCCCCCGACCAAGCUUGACGACGCGGCUGCGAACAUCUGCUCCAUCCUCCGGCGAUGGCGACCUCGCCGUGCCAUGCCCCAUCUCACGCCGGAUCCGAACGCAGGCGUCACCUGCCUCGCAUCUCCGCUCGACGGCGUGGCGCUGCGCAGCUCUGGCGAUUCAACUCGUGUGUGUGUGUGUGCAGUCCGGCGAUGGUCAACUCCGGUGUCGUGAAUUGGUCGUCGGCGACCUUGCUACAGUUCGUUGCCCCACAACAUGUGGCUUCUGCAGUUGUGGGCUGUGCAGCUUGGCCAGCGCUGCAGUGCGGUCAAGUGAUGUGUGCGGUUUGGCCUCACGGGAUUUUGGCUGUGCAGCUUGGCCAGCGCUGUAGUACGUACGACGAUGCAGUUUGUUGAAUUGGCGUGUGCAGCUCGGGAUUUUGGCGGCGUCACGCUCAGGCGUGUGAUUUCCCAGUGAUGUUCGCCCGCGUGUGCAGUGCGGUUUCCCCAGUGCCGUCCGCCCGGAUGUACACUGCGGUUAGGUUCACUUGUGUGUGCAGUGCGUGUGAUGUAGUGUGGUAACAAGGCCGUGUGAGGUUCCAUGGGGUUGUUUUGCACCUGUCCAGCUCGCCGGUGUGCUAGAUCGGGCUUCCCUCACUUAGCGUGCAGGUCACUGGAAGCCUUGUUGUGGAGCAGCCCAGGGCUCCCCUCACUUAGCGUGCAGUCCGCCGGGGCAACCCACGCAGGUCGUCCCCCCACGUGCCCAAAUUCUACAGUGGCUAAGAAUUGUAAAGAAAUCAUUGCAGUUGGUUAGGCACUAAUGCAGUUCAUGUGUUUUUGGUUUAUUUUGUUCUCGUAGUCCUGGGAGAUUGAAGCAUUGCCUCUGAUUCCCUCUUCCUUUAUUGAAAGAAAUUUCCUAGUGGAUUUUUGCUGUCAGUUUUGGUGUAUUUUUAGAUUACUGUCAGUUUUGCUGUCAGUUUUGGUGUAUUCAGCCCAGAAGAUUUCCUAGUGCAGUCCGUGAUUACUAAUG